AAGAUCUGUCUACAGUAACAAUAGAGGACUGAGUACAAAUGGGCAAGAGAGGCUUGAAGACAACAGCAAAUCAGUACUUAUCAGCGAUGGCAGGUUGAAGCUCAUACAAAAAUCCCCACUUUUAGUCAGCGGAUACCUGAGUCUCAUAUGAUGUGGGCGUUUCACCCUCCGCAAACUACCCAACUACCUUCUCACUGCAACAAUUCAGCUCGUGCUUCUCCUAAGCCACCUAUCUGCUCAUUAACGUUUAACCCCUCUAAUUCCUCUUCCUCCACCACCACAGCCGUCGACAACAAAAACAACUUAAUCCAAUCUUUAUGCAAACAAGGCAAUCUCAAACACGCUCUUAAAAUCCUCACCAACGAACCCAACCCCACCCAACGCACCUACGAGCUACUCCUCCUUUCUUGCUCCCACCACAACUCUCUUUCCGAUGCCCAAAACGUUCACUGUCACCUCAUCGAUAAUGGGUUCGACCAAGAUCCUUUCUUGGCCACCAAACUCAUUAAUAUGUAUGCGGAACUCGAUUCUAUUGAUCAGGCACGCCAGGUGUUUGAUGAAACGCGAAAUAAAACUAUUUAUGUUUGGAAUGCGCUCUUUCGGGCGCUUUCGUUGGCGGGUUGUGGAGAAGAGGUUUUGACUUUGUAUCAGGAAAUGAAUCGGAUGGGGGUUCAAUCUGAUAGGUUCACUUAUACUUAUGUGCUCAAGGCUUGUGUUGCAUCAAAUUGUUUAAUUUCCCUUUUCAAACAAGGGAAGGAGAUUCACGCGAGUAUUUUACGUCGUGGAUAUGGUGCACGCGUGCAUAUUAUGACUACUUUGAUAGAUAUGUAUGCAAGGUUUGGCUGUGUGAGGUAUGCUAGUUUUGUUUUCAAUGAGAUGGCUGUGAAAAAUGUAGUUUCUUGGAGUGCUAUGAUUGCUUGUUAUGCAAGAAAUGGAAUGGCAUUUGAAGCAUUGGAGGUUUUUCGUGAAAUGAUAAUGGAGACCCAUGAUUUGAAUCCUAAUUCAGUGACUAUGGUUAGCGUGCUUCAAGCUUGCGCAGCUCUUGCUGCUUUAGAGCCAGGGAAGUUGAUACAUGCUUAUAUGUUAAGAAGGGGUCUUGAUUCCAUUUUGCCGGUUAUAAGUGCUCUGGUGACUAUGUAUGCAAGAUGUGGCAAGCUUGGACUAGGACAGCGAGUUUUCGAUCUAAUGGAGAAGAGGGAUGUUGUUUCCUGGAAUUCCUUGAUUUCAAGUUAUGGGGUCCAUGGAUUUGGAAAGGAAGCCAUAAAAAUUUUUAAAGAGAUGAUUUGCCAUGGAAUUCAGCCGAGUCCUAUAACUUUUGUCAGUGUUUUGGGAGCUUGCAGCCAUUCAGGGCUUGUUGAGGAUGGAAAGAUGCUUUUUGAAUCAAUGCGGAAAGAGCAUAUGAUAAGUCCUAGUGUAGAGCACUAUGCUUGUAUGGUAGAUCUUCUUGGCCGUGCUAACAAGUUAGAAGAAGCUGCCAAGAUCAUAGAAAAUAUGAGGAUUGAACCGGGACCCAAAGUUUGGGGUUCAUUACUUGGAUCAUCUAGGAUCCAUUGUAAUGUUGGGCUUGCUGAGAGAGCAAGCAAGCGACUUUUUGAGCUUGAGCCUACAAACGCUGGCAAUUAUGUAUUGCUAGCUGAUGUGUAUGCUGAAGCUAAUAUGUGGAAUCAGGUAAAAAGAGUGAAAAAGCUACUACAAGUCAGGGGGCUGCAAAAGGUCCCAGGUCGAAGUUGGAUUGAAGUUAAGAGGAAAAUGUACUCAUUUGUUUCUGUUGAUGAGUUCAACCCACAGGUCGAACAGUUGCACGCUCUGUUAAUCAAACUGUCCACCGAGAUGAAGGAGGAAGGCUAUGUGCCACAAACCAAGGUUGUGCUCUAUGACCUUGAUAGUGAGGAGAAGGAACGAAUUGUAUUAGGCCACAGUGAAAAACUAGCAGUUGCAUUUGGACUCAUCAAUUCCAGCAAUGGAGAAACCAUUCGGAUUACCAAGAAUUUGAGAUUGUGUGAAGAUUGCCAUUCUUUCACAAAAUUCAUUUCCAAGUUUGCAAAUAAAGAGAUUCUGGUUCGAGAUGUUAAUCGCUUUCACCAUUUUAGCGAUGGGGUCUGUUCAUGUGGUGACUAUUGGUAGUCAUAUUGUUGUAAUGAAAAAUCAAUCUUUUCCCAGUUGAGAUCAAUACAGUAAAAAAAAAAAAAUCAAUCUUUUUCCAGUUGAGAUCAAUGCACAUAUUUAAAAUAUGUAUAGCAUUAUACUUUCUUCAAAAAGUAAUAUAGCUUCUUCAUUGUAUAUACUUUGAUAACAUAAAUUUGAAUACCAUAAGCAUAUCACCAUAACAUUCAGUAAAUGGAGAAAAUUAAAAAGAAUGUCUGAGCCCGGGUUCGAACCGGGGACCUCUAGUGUGUGAGACUAGCGUGAUAACCGACUACACCACCCAGACGGCUUGUUAACGCCUUCUUAAUCAUACCAUAAUACUCUGUGUAUUUUCUAAGAGUUUUAUAACCCUAGGGCGGAGUUUGUCUGCUCCGUCGACGGAAUCGAUUCUCUGAGACCGAUGCCAGUGGCUUGGUAUCUCAGCUGAAACAUAUGCAAAAUAAGAUUGUGGAAUUGGAAGGAAGAAACAAUAUUUUGUCCUAAAAGCAUCAAUCAACGGAAGCAGAAAAUGGAUUCUUCAGUCACGGCUGAACGACCUGGUCAGGGGACUCAACUUAAUGUUCUAUUGCAUUAUGCAUGCUUGAGUAGGGAAAUCGCUUUCUGUGUGAUGUGGAUUAAGGCUUUGUAGAUUUUGUUGAGGAGUGAAACCUCAUGAAGAUAAAUUGUAGGAACAAAGCACUGGACCAUCUUUAUGAAGAGCUCUGAAGGAUGUUGCAAUGGAGAAGGAUCCAGCUGUUGUUGCACGGGUGGAUGUCAUCUAAACAUUAUGUGCAUUUGGUUCUUAUCACAUAUCCAUGUGAUAAUUACUAUUCUUCACCCACGAAGUCUAAUAUUUUAGUGUAGGAGGAUCUUUCAGCUCAAUUUCGCACUCUCAAAAAAGUGUAAAAGAAGCAGAACAGUACGAGGAUGAUAAAGUAAUACUUGAAAAGCAAUUGCAUGAUAUGGCUGUAGUGGUUGAUAGACUAGAAAAUUGCAGACAGAAACUUCUAAUGGAGAUUGAUGGUCAAUCUUCAGAGAUAGAGAAGCUUUUUGAAGAGAAUUCUAAUUUCUUGUCUACUUAUCAAGACGCAAUUGGGAUAACAAAGCAUUGGGAGAACCAGGCAAUCAGAAGGUUUCUAGAACUAGAGUCAAAGACUGUCUGAAGCAAAAUGAAGACCUCCGUGGAAGUCUAGACAAGUUAAGAACUGAACAGGCCAGUUUAGUGUCUAUGAAUGAUAAGACUAUCCUGAGAGGUUAAUCAGAAAUCCCGAAAUAUGCUGUCAGCCUGAAUGGUUUGCCAGAGUUUCUAUCCCUCAAGGGCUGGGUGGCACAAGAACAGAGAAAAGCAGAGGCACUGUCGCUCAUGUAUUGCAGCUCUCAGCAUAAGUUCAGCAAGCCACACAAGGAUAUAAUGGACUUGCACGGCUGUAAGAUCUUCUACCUGUUGUCUCAUUUUAUUUUAUUUUUUUUCACUAGAUGUUUUGGUGUACAAAUUAUUCAUGAAAAAUUCUCUGAUUUUUUUUUCAUUUAAAAUAUUGUAGCUAUAAACCAGUGCUACAAAAUAUUGAGAGCAGUCUUAUUGUAAUGAAACGAGAUGGUCUGUAACUGUGCAAUAAACAGAAAGGGCAGUUUUGUGUCAACAUUUGCAAUGUAUGCUUUUUGUGGUGGACUCUAUCUGAAUUGCUCAAGCUAAGAUCAUUGUUUAGCUAGAACAAGCCAAGUUCGAGAAGGGCUAACCCCAACUUGAGAUCGAAUCGCAGAAAUUUACUGGCAAAUACAUCUUUUCUGACAAUUUUUCUUUUUUGCCAUAUUCAACAACCUUUUUUCUCUAGUGGCUUCUCUAGUGAAGUUGUUACCAUCUCGAGUGCAUUGAGCUUGAGUUAUCUUCAAGCUAUUGAAGAUUUGGAAUCAGAACAGGUUCACCAUGAAACCGAAUUUAACACCUCAUCUUUUACAA